UCAUUUCCAUGACGUGCUUAAUCUGUUUUGACAUUUUGUUGUACAUGUACUCAACUGUACAGCUUGAAUACUUAAAUCGAGUUGACAUAAAUAAUACUGUAGACUGAAAUGUAAAAAUGACCAAGCAUACAUAUUUUAAGUGUUAUAGAAUGACUUAUUUAAGAGAUACAUGUUGCACAAGAUUUGCCUGACUAAAUGCAAUGCAAAUAAAGUGUUCAUCAUAAUGUACAUUUAUCAUUUGAAUGCCUGGAUGUUUUUGCCCUCCUGUAAGCAAGGGGUAUCUGUGCAGGAGGUAGAGAUCGAGAAGUCAAAAAGAUGUCCACGUUCCAGAAAAGUUUGGGCUGUCUAUUCCUGUUCUGUCUCAUCUGCUCGACUGAGUGCCGGGUGCUGAAGUUUGUCGUGGCUGUGUUUCGACAUGGAGAUCGAUCUCCUAUUGAGUCGUAUCCCAGGGAUCCCCAUGGGGAAGAAGUGUGGGCUCAGGGCCUUGGACAGCUGACUGAGCUGGGCAUGCAGCAACAGUUUGAGCUGGGCAGGUUUCUCAGGAGGCGGUACAGCAACUUCCUCAGUGAGGACUACAACAACAAAGAGUUAUACGUGAGGAGCACUGACUACGACCGCACUCUGAUGAGCGCCCAGGCCUGCCUCGCUGGGAUGUUCCCCCCUACCAGACGCCCGGCUCCCAUCAUGCCCCAGUUACUGUGGCGUCCUAUUCCAGUGCACACCACCCCCAGGGCACAGGACAAGCUGCUGAGGUCUCCGGGCAAAGACUGUCCUAGGUUCAGAGCGCUGAUGACGGAGACCUUUGAGAGCCAGCACUACCAGAGGUUCCUCAGGGCUCACCAGUAUUUCGUUGAAGGACUUUCCAACCACACUGGCUACCCCGUCUCCAAACUGGUUGGAAAAAAAAUGUGGAGAGUCUACGACACCCUAACCUGUCAGAGAAUCCAUAACUUGACUCUCCCAGGCUGGGCCACCCAAGACGUUCUGGACACCCUGAAGAGAAUUGCAUCAUUUGAGGUCAUGUACAGCAUCCUCAGUCACAAGAGGAAAGAAAAGGCCAGGCUCUCGGGAGGGGUACUGCUGAAUGCCAUCCUGAGGAAUUUCUCCAGGGCUGUAGAGCAAGGGAGUCCUCUCAAAUUCAUUAUGUACUCAGCUCAUGACUCUACACUCAUCACGCUCCAGGCGGCUUUAGACGUGUACAACGGCCUCUUUCCUCCUUAUGCCGCCUGUCAACUCUUCGAGUUCUACCAGGAGUAUGAUGGUUCUUAUUCUCUGGAGCUGUAUUACCGCAAUGACUCCUGGCGCGACCCCUUCCCCAACCCUGUCCCAGGAUGCAACGGGCUGAACCCCUGCCCUCUGUCCAUGUUCACUGAGGUGGUGCGGGAUGUGAUUACAGAGAAUUGGGCGGCUGAGUGCGGGUUUCGGACAAAAUUGUCAAGCACAGGUGUUAUAACAGCUCUUGCAGUGGCCGUGGGUCUCCUGGCAGUGGCGCUGUUGCUCAGCAUAGGAGUGGCAGUCUGCAGGAGGAGAUCCAAUUACUCCAGGGGGGUGUAGUUCAGAAGACUGUCACACUUGUGCCAAAAAUAAAGAAAUGUGCCUCUAAUGAUAAUAAUAAUAAUGAUAAUAAUAAUAAUAAUAAUAAUAAUAAUAAUAAUAAUAAUAAUAAUAAUAAUAAUAAUAAAUGUGCCUUGUUUUUAAUAUGCUAGUUUCUGAUCCUGUGCAGGGGCUUGUGACCCUUUAUCUUCUUCUAUGAAUUUCGUUUGUGUGAAAGAAAAACAUGAAGGAAAAAAAAGGAGAAAGAAAGCCUAUAUAAAAUAAUCAUUAUUUAUAGCACACAUCAUUUAAUUUUAUUAGAUUCACUCUGUGUCAGUGUGUACUUCACACACUGACAUCUACAUUUUGGUUCAUAUCAUUUCACAUUCUUUGCGGAUCGGUUUCUCACUUCCCCUUGUCCUUAUCGGGGUCUGUGGCAACUGUGGAAUGACAGAACAGAUGAUGAGAGCGAGAUUUUGUUGAAAGAAGCCCACAUUGUAUUGUAUUUCAUUUCCAUGUUCAAACAAUUGACUUCUGUUGCAAAAAAAUAGUCUACCUUUAGCUUUGAGUGUGUACUUCAUUAUCAAAACUUACCAACAAAUAAUUGUCUGUGAAGCACAAGAAACUCAUCCCGCACUCCAACAACCAUCAACCCCACACCCCCCACACCCCCUCCAUCAUCCCUCUCAUGCCCUCUGUUCUUACUUCUGACAUCCAGCUUGCACUCCACUUCUUCCUUGCCCAGAUCAUUGACGGCCAAACAGGAGUAUUUUCCUGAGUCAAAAGUGCUUGGCUUGCGAAUGUUGAGGGUCAACACUCCCUGGUGGUUUCGCAUCAAGAACUUGGGAUUCUCUCCUCCGAGGAUCAUCUUGUUUUUCAUCCAGACAAUCUUAGGCUGAGAAAAAAGUCACACAAAUAAACAAGUUGCAAUAAAUCUUAUAAUUCAGUUCUGGAAAAAUAUGUUCGGUAUGCAAGGCAUUUGUGUCAUGAUCUGUCUUGUUUCCUAUUUUAUUUUGAAACUGUUCACCCCCUGUGUCUCCCUAGCUAUGCCUUGUCCUUUUGAUAAGACUUGCAUGUUCUAGUUUUCUGUCAGUAGUUGUCAGAUCCUUGUUCAUGUCCAAUGGAGAGUUCUGUUCAGAUUUUGUGUGUUUGAGAGAUUUGUUACUUUGGUUUUGCCUUACCCUGCUCAUCCUGAUUACCUGCAAUUAAGGGCUGUUCAAGCCUUGUAAAUUCUGCAUUUGGGUCCACCCAAUCUGCUCUCAAUCAUAGAUCUGCAUACAAGUCUUACUCACAGCGAACUUCAGAGCUUAAUUUGCUCUACGGGCUUUUUUAACAUGCAUAUUUACCUUGGGGAACCCUUUGACGGCGCAGCUGAUGGCGGUGCUGUAACCGGCCACUACAGAUCUGUCAACAAGGGGCUGAGUAAACUUGGGCGCACAGGACUUGUCUUUCUUCUCGUAGGGGUUUCUCUUGAUCUCCAGGUCUUUGGAGGAAGGGGAGAGAAUGUAUUUAACAAAUCAGAAAUGUGGCGCAAAUUCCUUGACUCCACUGAGUGUAGAAUUGGAUCCACGCUAAGAACACACACAUGGUACUGUAAAUACUGUAAGGGAACACACCUGUCUUAGCAAUGACAGCCGUGUUCUUGCUGAAGCACGGAUCUUCGCUCAGGCCGCAGAGGUUUUCACUGUACACGCGGAACAUGUACUCAUUGCCCAUGAUCAGAUCUGACGCUGUGCAGUUUGUCCGUCUGUUGUGCUCAUAAACAGUGAACCAUUCCUGGAGAAAGAAAAAUGUGAUAUUACAUUUACUGUAGGGAAGGCACUAUUUCAAUUAUUGCAGGGUUUCUAUAAUGUAACGUUUACAUAUGUAAACCUAUAUGUAAGCCAUGUGGAAAAUUCAAAUUUGAUGUAGUUGUUUAAUUGAAAUAUUUUGAUUGGUUCAUAGAAAUUACUGUACUUUUUUUUUUUUUAACUCUUCCAUGUUUUUUGGACUACAACAAUAUUUAAAUCAGACUAUGAAUGAUAUAUGAAGAAAUCCCUUUAAAACCACCAGAAAACAGAUAGGAAUACAACUGUAAAAUGUGGUAUACCGUAUGCAAGUAAUGCCGAAGAGGAGGUUUCUGAUUAUAUUGCUGCUAUAUUGUUGUUAUUGUUUUAUUAUUGUUUUAAUUAUCUUCAUAAAGCAGCCUUUUGGCGGUGGUGGCGAAGUCCAUAGGGGGUUGGCCUGGGAACUGGAAGGUCACCAGUUCAAGUCCCCGAAAGACCUAGUGCCACCGUGGUGUCCCUGAGCAAGACACUGGUUACCUACACUGCUCCCCGGGCGCCGUACAUAAUGGCAGCCCACUGCUCCUAACACUAGGAUGGGUCAAAUGCAGAGACCGCAUUUCGUUGUCCUAGUACUUGUACUCUGUGCAAUGACAAUAAAGUUGAAUCUUCAUCUUCAUCUUCAUCUUUUAAAAUUCAUAUUGUGGAAAUUAGAUCAAUUUAGCAAGACACUACAGGUACACAUUUUUAACUAAAAGUCUAAUUUUCACUUUUUGUUUCGGUGCUUUAUGUGCAAAAUCCUCUUUAAGGAAAUUAAACAUUAUGACUGUUAUUAUUGUAACGCAGUAACUGUUGCUGAAUGAAGGAGAAAAA